AUGAAGGCCGGUCCCAGGCCCAACCCCGAGGAACCUACCAUAUCCGAGACCACACCAGUCGAUAACAACCCUGCCGAUACGGUGGAAUCGGUUGCUGUUGCGAAUGUCUUCGGCCGAAACUGGAAGACGAUUAGUGGAGGUACCUACGGGUACUUGGGUAGCUCACCUAUCAUUGGAUUCGAUCCUUCCAACUCGAAGUUCCAACCAUUUCGCACUUUGCGCUCCAAGAUUGGCCUAGCCUUGAUUUACCGGGGCCAGGGCGAGCUGGUAGAAGCCAAGGACCUCGGCCGGCAAGUGACCGCGCACCUCUUCGCAACGCUGGGACAUGAGCACCCGGCCACACUCGCGAGCUGGAACGACCUGGUUUGGGUGUACGAGAAGCUCGGCAUGCUAGACGCAGCCGAACAGGAUGCUAGCAUUAUCCUGAGGGUUUCGACGGAGGUCCUGGGUGGAGACCACCGUCUUACACUACUCGCAAGUGGCAACUUGGCGUCCAUUUAUCGGUGCAGGGGAAAGUUGGCCGAGGCUGCCGAGCUGGGCGAGCUGGUCCUUUUUAUGCGCAAAACGGUGCUAGGGAAGGACCAUACAGACGUACUCAUUGCCAUUACCGACCUCGCUUUGACGUACCAGAAGCAGGGGCGCUAUGAGGACCUUCGGAAGCUGUUCCGGCGCGGCGCCGGUCUUGACGAGGAGGAGCCUGGGCCUGAUCUUUUCGCUCGAUAUGGGCCGGGACUUCUUGGCUCGCUCACGUUGGCUGUCAUCUCAUAUGCUUAUUGGCGCCACGCAAGUAAAUAG